AUGGUGAUAUCUCUCCUCACGACUCUGUCCUGGGGCUUCAUGAUGUACGUCGUUGCGUCGUGCAUCAGUCAGCUGAAGUGGAAUUAUUUCACGGGACGCCACAGAUUGUUUGACUUUGAGGUCUUCGACCAGGCAAGCAGAGGGCCGAUGGGCGCCGCCAACUUCCUGGCUAGGAUACCGCCAAGUAUCGCAUCUCUUGGGUCUCUCCUUACAAUCACUGCGCUGGCGAUCUCACCGUUCAGCCAGCGGGUGGCGAAAUAUAGGACGGAGGAUGUGUUCAAGGACGAUCGAGGAGCUUCCUUUGGCGUCGCUCUCGAGUACACGGGGACCGUCAACAAUGGUGGGGACGCCCCGUUGUCAUCGUCCAUCGACUGGAAGUUGCAGGGCGGAAGGGCAUUUACAAUCUGGAUCUGA